AGAGGAUCAGAGCCCUUCCACGGUCCUCUCCGUGGGAGCCCGAGUCCCUGUUUCCCAGAUCUUACGUGCUCAAGAAGCUGUUCUGUGAAUAAAGUAAACCCUGUGAAGAGACUGGACCCAGCCCCAGUGAUAUUACAAGAAGAGUCAAGCAAGGACUUUGGUCCUUGAUUCUACUGGCCAGCCAAGCCUAAAUGUGAUGGCUGUGCCGCCCAGGCCUCUACAGCUGCUGGGAGUACUGCUCAUUAUUUCCCUGAGCUCUGUCAGACUCACUCAGGCCGGUGCCUACUAUGGAAUCAAGCCUCUGCCACCUCAAAUUCCUCCUCAGAUACCACCACAAAUUCCACAGUACCAGCCCUUGGGUCAGCAAGUACCUCACAUGCCUUUGGGCAAAGAUGGCCUUUCCAUGGGCAAGGAGAUGCCCCACAUGCAAUAUGGCAAAGAGUACCCACACCUACCCCAAUAUAUGAAGGAAAUCCAACCUGUGCCAAGAAUGGGCAAGGAAGUGGUGCCCAAAAAAGGCAAAGGAGAAAUACCAUUAGCCAGUUUGCGAGGAGAACAAGGACCCCGUGGAGAACCUGGGCCAAGAGGACCACCUGGGCCACCCGGUUUGCCAGGUCAUGGAAUGCCUGGAAUCAAAGGAAAACCAGGACCCCAGGGAUAUCCAGGAAUUGGGAAGCCGGGUAUGCCUGGAAUGCCUGGGAAGCCAGGAGCCAUGGGCAUGCCAGGGGCAAAAGGCGAAAUUGGACCCAAGGGGGAAAUCGGACCUAUGGGAAUCCCAGGGCCACAAGGACCUCCAGGACCUCAUGGACUUCCUGGCAUCGGAAAACCGGGUGGGCCGGGGUUACCAGGGCAACCAGGAGCAAAAGGUGAGAGAGGGCCCAAAGGACCGCCAGGACCUCCCGGACUUCAGGGUCCCAAAGGAGAGAAGGGCUUCGGGAUGCCUGGUUUGCCAGGUCUGAAGGGUCCUCCAGGUAUGCAUGGCCCUCCUGGUCCAGUUGGGCUACCAGGAGUAGGAAAACCAGGAGUGACGGGCUUUCCUGGACCCCAGGGUCCCCUGGGGAAGCCAGGGCCUCCAGGGGAACCUGGACCACAAGGCCUUAUUGGUGUGCCAGGAGUUCAAGGACCUCCUGGGAUGCCUGGAGUUGGAAAGCCUGGUCAGGAUGGGAUCCCUGGCCAACCAGGAUUUCCAGGUGGUAAAGGGGAACAAGGCUUGCCAGGCUUGCCUGGACCCCCAGGCCUCCCAGGAGUUGGAAAACCAGGCUUCCCAGGACCCAAAGGGGACCGGGGUAUUGGGGGUGUUCCUGGGGCUCUUGGGCCGAGAGGGGAAAAGGGACCAGUAGGUGCUCCUGGAAUGGGUGGUCCCCCUGGAGAACCAGGCCUACCUGGAAUCCCGGGUCCCAUGGGCCCUCCAGGUGCUAUUGGUUUCCCUGGACCCAAAGGAGAAGGUGGGGUUAUAGGACCACAGGGUCCACCAGGUCCCAAGGGAGAGCCAGGCCUCCAAGGCUUCCCUGGGAAGCCAGGUUUUCUUGGUGAAGUGGGUCCCCCUGGCAUUAGGGGUUUGCCCGGUCCUAUAGGACCCAAGGGAGAAGCUGGUCACAAAGGGUUGCCAGGGCUUCCCGGUGUUCCAGGGCUACUUGGACCCAAAGGAGAACCUGGCAUACCUGGGGAUCAGGGUCUACAGGGUCCCCCAGGCAUUCCAGGGAUUGCAGGACCUAGUGGCCCUAUUGGACCCCCUGGGAUUCCGGGUCCCAAAGGAGAACCAGGCCUCCCAGGGCCCCCUGGGUUCCCUGGUGUAGGAAAGCCAGGAGUAGCAGGACUUCACGGUCCCCCAGGGAAACCUGGUGCCCUUGGGCCUCAAGGCCAGCCUGGCCUUCCUGGGCCCCCAGGUCCUCCAGGGCCCCCAGGACCCCCAGCUGUGAUGCCCCCUACACCGUCACCCCAGGGAGAGUAUCUGCCAGAUAUGGGACUAGGAAUUGAUGGAGUGAAACCUCCACAUGCCUAUGCUGGCAAAAAGGGCAAGAACGGAGGGCCAGCCUAUGAGAUGCCUGCAUUUACUGCCGAGCUGACUGUACCUUUCCCACCGGUGGGGGCUCCAGUGAAGUUUGACAAGCUGCUAUACAACGGCAGGCAGAACUACAACCCGCAGACCGGCAUCUUCACCUGUGAAGUCCCUGGUGUCUACUACUUUGCUUACCAUGUUCACUGCAAGGGAGGCAACGUAUGGGUUGCUCUCUUUAAGAACAACGAGCCCAUGAUGUACACAUACGACGAGUACAAGAAGGGCUUUCUAGACCAGGCAUCUGGAAGCGCAGUACUGAUGCUCCGGCCCGGAGACCGGGUGUUCCUCCAAAUGCCUUCAGAACAGGCUGCUGGACUCUAUGCCGGGCAAUAUGUCCACUCCUCCUUUUCAGGAUAUUUAUUGUAUCCCAUGUAAAAAAAGAAAAGAAAAGAAAGAAAAAUAAGAGAUUUAAUAGAAGAAAAGAAAAUGACACACCAAAAAAAAAAAAAAUCAAUCGAAAACAAUGCUUCAAAACAUUUAUAAUAGUUGGAAAGUUAUAUUUAAGUGAAGGUUUGGACCAUCAUGUACAAAUAAAAACUAAAAUGCAUGUUUAAUCCUGUGCACAGCGAAUUGUAAUGGAAUGAUGGGACAGAUUUACAGAUCAAGUUCUGACACUUGUGUUGUACCCAGUGGACUCAUAUUAGCUGUUCCAUGUUAUAUGAUUUCAUAGCCUGCUUAUUCAAAUCAGUCAAAAUAUCUCAGUCUGGAACAUCAUAGCUAAUGAAAGUCAUUCAUUCUUUGUGCUCCCUUAAAGAAAGUAUUUUUGAAUAUGCCUUAAGAGGUUGGUGGUGACGGUUACAUACUGUAUUUAUUUGCAUACUUUCCUCUCUAUUCAUGCAGAUGUUUUGCUGUGGGAUGUUGGAGGGUUCUUCUGUAGUGCAGAGUCCAUGGUAAUCUCUAGUCUAAAGGAUAUUUCUCCAUGUUAGAGGCAAUGCUUUGAGCUGCAGGACUACUUAGAAUUGUGUGUGUGUGUGUGUGUGUGUGUGUGUGUGUGUGUGUGGUGUCCCCAAAAGAAGAGGUGUACUAAUGGCUCAUUGUGUAUUUGCUCAGCAGUCUAUUUGCAUAGCAAAUGAGUGAGAUGCUAGCAUGGGAUGCAGGCCAGGAGAUGCUAGCAUGGGAUGCAGGCCAGGAGAUGCUAGCAUGGGAUGCAGGCCAGGAGAUGUUAGCAUGGGAUGCAGGCCAGGAGAUGUUAGCAUGGGAUGCAGGCCAGGAGAUGCUAGCAUGGGAUGUAGGCCAGGAGAUGCUAGCAUGGGAUGCAGGGCAGAGCCCACAGGAGCUCGUCAUUUAGCUCAGAGACAUUAAUGUAUCAACUCAUUUAAAGGGUUUUAGUUUGAAAUUUUUCUGUAACUUGAUUUUCUUUUUUUCUUCUUCUUCCCUCCAUGAAAUAUAUAACAUAGCCUAAUCAACAUAAACAAAAUUUUUUACAAAGCUUUCCCUCAAAUAACCUUGCCGAUUCGUGAAUGUUUAUUAUUAAUAGCAAUUAUCAGUUGUGUUAAAUAAAACAAAAACACUAAUUUGUCCACACAGCCAAGUGUAGUGAGGGUUCACCUUGUUUGCACCUGUUUUAGUAGCUGUCAUUUUUUCCCAAGUAACUAUGAAUUUUGAAAACAUGACUUAUGCCAUGAAGUUCCAAAGUCAAUUGCUAAAGUCCAAAUCAUUUUUUUUUUAAUUUGGGGAAAAAAUUCAGAAUUACAUAGGAAAAAUUAUAUUUUAAAAAAGCAAUGGUAAAGUUAGGUAUUUAAAAGCAGGCAUGUUGCUUUCAGCAACAGGGACUACCGUUGUAGGAAAAUGACUGUUUCUUUGUUAUUGGAGAAGAUAGCUGGAAUGUCAAAAAGCAAUAGCACACCCUGACCUAUGAUGUCACCGCAUGCUCAAACAGGUUUGAAAAGAGAAAAAAAAAUUCAGAUUCUAAUUAAGGCACAUAGUAGGUUCUUUGAGAGCUUCUCACAACACAAUCAGCUGAAGGCUUACUGUUCAUCUGCUAUUACUUGCUUAGGGGGUAAUGUAGGACUACAGCAAUAGAAUGAAUUCUAUUUUUUCUCAAAAGUUAAAAAUCAAGAGCUGAAGAUAGACAUAGAUUGGAAAAUACACAAAUAAAUACAGUAUGAAACAUGGUCUAUUUAAAAUCUGAAUUAUUUUUAUCACCACAGUUCUUCUGGUCCUGGCUUACUAUUUGUCUUUUCCCUUGAUGAUGCACAGGCACCAUUUCUUCUUGAAUUUUUUUUUUAAAAAAGGAUGUGUUUAUUAGCACAAGGUUUUUCAUUCACUGUUAAUUAUACAAAAGCACUUUCGAAUCCAAAAGAAUUUUCCUACCUAACCUUCACUUGCCAAGUGAACAGCAUUUCUUUGGAUAGCUAUCCUUGGAGUCGCUCCUGGGGACACUGGCUUAUAGCUGGUCACUAUGGAAGUCAUAUGGGUCCCUGGCUGUUUCCACUAAAUAGCUACAUUGAAAUGGUUUGGAGGACAGUCCGGCAAGAUGGGUUGUAAAGUUGCUUUUAUCUGUACAUGUAUGGUAUUUUAGUUUCCAUAAAGAACGACAAAAGUCAGAAAUUAUCUCUUAAGCUAAGCCAAAUUUCACUUUUUGAGAUAUCUUCCAACUUAUUUAUUGGUUGUUACUCAAUUGCCUGCCUCGUGUGUGUGUGUGUGUGUGUGUGUGUGUGUGUGUGUGUGUGUGUGAUCAGGCAUAUGUUUCUAAGCUUUUAAAUGGAGGAGGAGCAAAAUCUAUGCCAGAUACUGUAUAUUCUACCAUGGUGCUAAUAUCAGAGCUAAAUGAUACUCCAUUUAAUUUAAGAAGAGUUUUAAAUAAUUAUCUAUGUACCUGUGUUUCCCUUUUGAGUGUUGUUCAUCAUGUCCACAGUGGUGUGCAAGAAGAUGAAUCAAGUAUAUGUUCUACUUUCUAGGGACAGUACUAUGAUCCCUAUUUAAUUCAAAAUUAACUAGAGCUUUUCCAUGUGAAAUGGACCAGACUGGCAUUGUUCUAUUUAAACAGAGAGUUUUAACGAAGCAUGACAUCCCACAGGGGAAAGGAAUGUCUGUAGAGGACCAUUGUCCUCAAAUAUUUUACAGAAACAAAGAAUGAUGAAAAGACGGUAACUUGUUUGAGUUUCCAUGAAUAGAUUUGGGACUUAAAUGGCAAAUCAAUUUUGUAUUUAAAUUUUUUGUACUGAUUUGAAAAACAAAUCAUUAAAUAUCUCUAAAAAUA